AUGGAUCGCGAUACAUUUUCAGACAGCCGACGAGCCAGACACUUUGGCAGGUCCAAUCAGAACUCACUGUCAUUUAACAACUUCGCUCGAUCGGAAAAUCAUCGCAGAAACUUGCGGGACACCUAUUUGAGUGAAACUAGUAGUAGCGAGUAUUAUAACACCAGCUUCAGUCCGAUGAACACUAGAAACUCGCCAGCAAUUCCAUCGUACUUUGACGAGUCCUCUACUGAUUUGUCGCACCAAUUGAACGGUUUUCAUCUCGAUGAUUAUAACAGAAAAAUGCUUGGAACUUCUGCUAGUAGUCUAGCCGAUUCCAACUACUUACGAAGCAAUCGCCUCUCGAGUCUUCCGUCGUGGGCAUUGGACGAGAACCGCGAGAUUCGCUGUGAUCUGACACUGAGAAAGGUUGUCGAGGAAGGAUUGGUUCUAUCGUUCUCUAUGGACAAGUCCGGUUGCCACUUCCUUCAAAGUAACUACUUCGGAGAGAACACCCAAAACGUGGAUCCAUACAUUCGAGAUCGAGUUUCUAGAGAAGUGUUGGGAAGCAAAGAAGUUUUCUUAACCAUAUGCAAGAACAUCUUUGGAAAUUUUUUCCUGCAACGUGUCAUCGAGUACUCCACUCCAUUGGAACAGGAGACUAUUAAAAAGUAUAUAGUCAGCGACAUCACAGCAUUGUGUCUCGAUAAGAGCGCCUGUCGUGUUGUGCAGACUGCGUUGGAGAAACUCGAGCCUCGCUUCGCCGACGCCAUCGUUGCCGCCAUACCACGCAAGAAUCGUCUAAUGUCCAUCUGCACUGACCAAAACGCCAAUCAUGUCAUUCAAAAAAUCAUCAAGAAAAUGCCACUGAAAAAAUGGGAGUUCUUGGUGAUUUAUUUAUGCAAACAAGAACAUGAUAACCUGUUGGACAUCUGCCAGGAUAAGUAUGGUUGUCGUGUAGUGCAGACUAUUGUUGAGGUGCUUUCUGAGGAGGCGAUCAAUAAGGGAAACCGGGAAAGACGCGUUGGACAUUUUGAUGUUCCACCAAUUCGGCAACUACGUCGUCCAGCGUAUGCUUCAGAUUUGUGUCGACGCCGUCACUGGACAGCGGUAUUCCCAGUUUCAGAAAUUUUAGUUUCAAUGUUUUCUGUUUUUAGAGAUACACACAUCAACGGAAUUGAUUUCCGCCACAAAUUCGAAAACUGGCUUGCGAAGCUCUACGUGAGAGCCAGACGGGAGAAGUCUCGCUUGAAUAGAUUCUCUUCUGGCAAGAAGAUCCUAGACAUACUUCAAAGCAUGGAAGGCUACGUACCAACCGCCACCAGCUUCGAUCUUCACUCUCCAUUCCCUCAAGUAGAUGACGUUCUCGCCGCGUUUUGUCCAUCCUCUUUAUUCUCCCCAUCAGCCACCACCACUAGCAACGACUGGACAUCGCGUACCACCUCGAUUUCGUCGGAGCCUCAUUUCGACUAUGACUUCAACUUCAAUAACUACCAGAAAUUCUAG